ACUCCCCCUGUUACUGAGGCCACUGCCGGCCGUAGCCGACCCAUCAUGGCCACGUCUCUCGUCAAAGACUUCCUGGUUACACAUUUAAUGCCAGAAAAAUGUUACGAGAGGAUUUUCGUCAACUUUCAAUUUAGCGUGCCUUGUCUAAAGUUUAUUCUGAACAGAAUUGCCGGAUUUUGGAUCAUCCUGGACACUUUCCUUGCGCAGCUACCUCAACUGUUGAAGAUACUGUGGAGUAGAAGUGCAGAGGGCCUGAGUCUGACCUCCGCUCUGUUGCAGCUAUAUGCCUUCUCAUGUCCUGUUGUGUAUGCUGUGACCAACAACUUCCCACUCUUUGCCUGGAGUGAGAGGCUGUUGUCGUUGGUCCAGACUGCAGUGAUUGUCUUCCUCAUCCUGCAUUAUCGUGGUGAAACCCUCAAAGGAGUGCUGUUCUUCUUGGCAUAUGGAGGUGUUAUGAUCCUUCUGGGCUCCUACGCAGCUGCAGCAGUGGUCACAGGCAUGCAGGGCUCCAGUUUGGCAGCUUUAAUUGCAAGCAAGGGUCUCCAGGCUGGAAAUAACUACAAAAACGGCCACACAGGACAAAUAUCCACUCUGUCUGUGUUCCUGUCAUGGGCGGGAUCUCUGGGUGUUGUCUUUGUGUCUCUACAGGACACAGGAAGCUCAUCUGCCACGCUGUCACACACAGUGUCGGCUGGUCUCAGCUGUGUACUUCUAGCCCAGGUCCUCUACUACAGAAGCUCCACUAAAGAGAAGAGUGAUUAGAGGUGAGGAGAACAGUGACAAACGAACACUCAUGUCAAAUAUGAAUCCUUCCAAUUAUUCAGGAAAAUCUGGGUAUCUGUUCUAGAUGUUGGCAUAUCAAGAACUGAGAUACCGAGCAAAAAUAGUGGUAAAUCUUGACAAUGUGUUUUUGUAUAGAUAUUCCUGUGUGCGACACCAAGAUCUCCUUUAAAAGAAGUGUCUGUGUAAAUGAAAACUUUCAUUGUGACGCUAUGUAAUCAUUUUAUACAUUUACAAUAUUAUAUGUGUAGUUAGUUCCCUCUGUAUAAUAAUAAUAAUAAUAAUAAAAUUAUUAUUAUUAUAAGUGGUGGUUGUAGUAGUAUUAGUAGUAGAAGUAGUGGUAGUACAGUACUCUGAAAUGAAACACAGCUUCUAGUGGCAUCUGCAGGUGACUGUCAGAAUAAAAGACUUUGUUUUUUUGUGAAUUUAAAGUCUCCUGCUGCUUCAGGCUUUGAUUCACGAAAUCUUUCAGUCAGAAAAGUACAAACAGACCAACCAUCCUUAUCUCGGGUAACAAUAACCUUCAAAGUAAAACAUUUAAUAAAGAAUCUGCAUUCAUUACCAGGCUAAAUUAAUUUCUAUAUAGUAAUUACUGAUUUAAUUAUUUAUCAUAGAUUUUUACCAAUGUUGUCAUAUGAAACUGUUUUUAGAAUAUACAAAUGCCUUUAUUUUAUUGAUAUAACACCCCUUUCAUAAGUAAUUAGAGCAAAGCAUUUCAAACUUUGCCAAAUUUCAUGCUUAGCUGAUUAAACAUAGGAACUUCACUUGAGCAUUUGUAAAUAUUUCUGCACAUUGAUGAGUUGUUGGGUACACAUUCCAAAUUUAGUGUAGAUUGUAUCAUGAAGUAUCAGUGAAACUAGAGGCUGUCUACAAGAAGUUUCCACAGAU